AUGGAUUCAGAAACACAGCUGGUGGGGUACCCAUUCUUGUUUGCAAAUGACAGUGAGGACGCCCUUCUGACCUUUCCUCUCCUGGCAGUCUUACUUGGCAAGCCCUGGCACCUCAACAUGAGACCUUACUUGGAAACAGGGCCCUACAGAGGUUACAGAAUAGAUUUUUAUUUUGAUGAACACCCUUACUUCGAAAAUAAAGUUCUCUCCAAAGAAUCUCAUCGGAAUGAGAGUGGUGAUCCAUCUUCAAAGUCCACUGAAAUCAAAUGGAAAUCUGGAAAGGAUGUGACGAAACGUUCCAGUCAAACACAGAAUAAAGCCAGCGGGAAGAGACAGCAUGAGGAACCAGAGAGCUUCUUCACCUGGUUGACUGACCAUUCUGAUGCAGGUGCAGAUGGGUUAGGAGAGGUCAUCAAAGAUGAUAUUUGGCCAAAUCCAUUACAGUACUACUUGGUUCCCGAUAUGGAUGACAAAGAAGGGGAAGGAGAAGAGGAGGAGGAGGAGGAUGAAGAAGAAGAAGAUGAUGAUGAUGAUGAUGAUGAAGAAGGAUUGGAAGAUAUUGAUGAAGAAGGAGAUGAGGAUGAAGGUGAAGAAGAUGAAGAUGAUGAUGGGGGGUGGAAGGAGAGGAGGAUGAAGGGGAAGAUGACUAAUGGAACACUGAUGGAUUCCAACCUUCCUUUUUUAAUUUUCUUCAGUCCCUGGAAGCAAGUUGCCGUCUUUUUUUUUUUUUUUCCCUUUUUCUUUUUCUUUUCUCCUCUCGUGCUCAUUCGCCCUGUUUUUUGAAGUCUCCUUUUUCUCUCCCUUUAUACCAUGGUUCUCAGCUUAUUUUGGAGGGGAAAUACCUUGAGCAGAAUACAGUGGGAAAAGAAUCCUCUACCCCUUUUUGUUCCAAAUUCAUUUUUGUCCCUUCCUGUCUCAACAGAAACAAAAACUUUAUGGAAUCAACACCACCGUGCUCUGUGGGAAAAAAGAAAAACCUUCUGCUCCCUUAGCUCUGCUGGAAGCGGGAGGGUGCCAGGCCCCUGUGUAGUAGUGCAUAGAAUUCUAGUUUUUUUUCCUCCUUUCUCUGUAUAUUGGGCUCAGAGAUUACACUGUGUCUCUAUGUGAAUACGGACAGUUAGCAUUUACCAACAUGGACCUGUCUACUUUCUCUUGUUUAAAAAAAAGAAAAAAAAACUUUAAAAAAUGGGGUUAUAGAAGGUCAGCAAAGGGUGGGUUUGAGAUGUUUGGGUGGGUUAAGUGGGCAUUUUGACAACAUGGCUUCUCCUUUGGCAUGUUUAAUUGUGAUGUUUAACGGACAUCCUUGCAGUUUAAGAUGACACUUUUAAAAAUAAAACUCUCUCCUAAUGAUGACUUGAGCCCUGCCACUCGAUGGGAGAAUCAGCAGAACUUGUAGGAUCUUAUUUGGAAUUGACAUUCUCUAUUGUAAUUUUGUUCCUGUUUAUUUUUAAAAUUUUCUUUUUGUUUCACUGGAAAGGAAAGAUGAUGCUCAGUUUUAAACGUUAAAAGUGUACAAGUUGCUUUGUUACAAUAAAACUAAAUGUGUC